UGUUUACAAAUAACUGCGAAACGGAAAAGUGUAAACAAAAAGAUAAAGAAGUUUGCAACCGGCAAUAAUGUACUACGGCAUGUAAUAAAUUUCCAUUACAUUCGUUAUGGUAAAUACAUGCAUAGUACUAACAUGUCGCUACAGCAGCGUUAAGUAUGGUCCAAAGAGGUCUCUUCUUAAAAUCCCGGAAAACAAAGUUGACGAUUGGUUGCGUAUAUUAAACUUAAGUUAUUUGAAUAGAAAGCUUUAUCAUAUAUGUACACACCAUUUUGUACCGAAAUAUAUAAAGAGAUGUAAUAGCCGUUGCAAAUUUACCAAAAACGCUAUUCCAACCCUUCACUUGGGUACGCGUGAAACUGAAUCGAAUAUGUUAUCAUCAAUAGCAGAAUCCAGUCUUCAAAUUUGUCCGAAUAGGUUAACGCCAAAUGGUUUAAUAGAAAUGGAAAUAGCAAAACCAGCAAGUACCGGUUGCGAUAUCUCAUCAAUUUCUGAAUACAUAACGAUGAAUAUUGUGAAGGAAGAACCUCAAGUAAAUUUUCUAACGGAACAUGAACCAAUGACUUCUAUAAAGGAAGAGCAUGCAAAAAAUUUCUUAACGGAACACGAGCCAAUCACUUUUAUAAAGGAAGAAUACCAAGAAAACAUCCUAACAGAAGACGAACCAAUCACUUCUAUAAAGGAAGAAUACGAAGAAAAUCUCUUAAAGGCAGACGAGCCAAUCGCUCUCAUAAAAGAAGAAUCCCAAGAAUUUUUCCUAACGAAGAACGAAUUAAUCACUUCUAUGAAGAAAAAACACCAAGAAAACCACGUAACAGAAGACGAGUCGAUCGCUUCUACACAGGAAGAAAGUCGAAAAAACGUUUUAAAGAAAGACAGGCCAAUCGCCUUUGUAAAAGAAGAAUCCCAGAAAUACUUCCUAACGGAAGAGGAAUCAAUCCCUUUUAUAAAGGAAGACCACCAAGACGUAUUCUCUGAAAAAAUAAUUUUAGCAAAACGAAGCAAAUUUCCAAAGAACGAAAAAAAACGUAUCGAAUCUUGCCGUGAAAUGGCAGGAUGUAAAGCGAAAAGCUCUGUAGAGGUCGAAAGUUACCAGCAAUGUUUGACCAUUAAACUGAUGUGA